CAGCAUCUUGCUAGGCAUGACAAAAUCAGCCGCAACCCACCCUCUCUCCCUCUUCCUCUUCCCCUGUCUCCUCUUCUUGCUUCCAUUUCAGGCCUCACCGUCACCGACCACGGAGGCGCAAGCUCUUGUCAAAUGGAAGAACUCCCUCUCUCCUCCUCCUCCUCCUCCUCCUCCUCCUCCUUCUCUGAGCUCCUGGUCCCUCACCAACAUCACCCGUCUCUGCAGCUGGACUGGCGUCGCCUGCAACAAUGGCGGGUCGGUCUCGGAGAUCAGCCUCUCCGGCUCAAGCCUCAGCGGCACGCUCGAUGCGCUCGACUUCGCUUCAUUCCCGAACCUGACCCGCUUCGACGUCAGCAGCAACAAUCUCGUGGGCCCGAUACCGUCCUCGAUCGGCAAUCUCUCGAAGCUCGGGUUCUUGGAACUGGGGAGCAAUCUCUUUGAAGGUGCCAUACCGCCGGAGAUAGGCCAGUUGCAAGAGAUUCAGUACUUGAGCCUCUUGAACAACAGUCUCAAUGGUACUAUUCCUUACCAGAUCAGCAAUCUCGGGAAGGUGUGGCACUGGGAUCUUGGAUCAAACUACUUGGAAUCUCCUGACUGGUCAAAAUUCUCCGCCAUGCCGUCGGUGACUUACCUGAGCCUCUUCCUCAAUUCGCUCGACGGUGAGUUCCCGGGCUUCGUGGCCAAUUGCCAGAACCUGACAUACCUGGACCUGUCGCAAAACGCUUUGACCGGCGAAAUUCCUGAGGCUGUGUACGCCAACCUGGUGAGCCUUGAAUACCUCAACCUCACGGCCAAUUCGCUCCAGGGGCCGAUCUCAAACAUAUCAAAACUUUCCCGGCUGAAGGAGAUCCGGAUUGGUAACAAUCUGUUCGGCGGUCUGAUUCCCGGAGACAUGGGAUUGCUGUCUGAGCUUCAGAUGAUAGAGAUGUACAACAAUUCCUUUGAAGGUGCAAUUCCCAGCUCCAUUGGUCAAUUGAGGCAGCUUCAAGUGCUCGAUUUGCAACUAAACAGCUUCAACUCUUCGAUCCCUUCCGAGCUCGGUCUUUGUUCUAACCUCACCUUUUUAGCCCUAGCCCAGAAUUCGAUCUCCGGGGAGCUGCCUCUCUCUCUGUCUAAUCUGGUCAGAUUGUCGGACUUUGGAGCUGCCGAGAAUCAUCUGUCAGGUGAGUUAUCGCCUUACUUCUUUACAAAUUGGACGGAACUCGUUUCUUUGCAACUGCAGUACAAUUCUCUCUCUGGGCAAAUUCCACCGGAAAUCGGAAGCCUGACCAAGCUCAAUUACCUCUUCUUGUACCACAAUUCACUCUCCGGCCCUAUCCCUAUUGGGAUCGGGAGCUUUGAGAAUUUGCUCGCGUUAGACCUCUCACAGAACAAUCUCUCUGGCCAAAUCCCUUCGACAAUGUGGAACCUCAGCAAGCUGCAGAAAUUCCAGCUUUUCUCCAACAACCUCACUGGGACUAUUCCUCCGGAGGUCGGGAAUCUCACGUCAGUGACCAUUCUCGACCUCAACACGAACCAGCUUUAUGGAGAGGUCCCUGAGACCAUCUCUCGCCUUGCUAACUUAGGGUCACUCUCUUUGUUCACGAACAAUUUCUCGGGAGGCAUACCACAUGAUUUUGGCAAGUACAGCCCUUCUCUGAGCUACGUUAGGCUUUCGAAUAACAGCUUCACUGGAGAAUUGCCGACGGAGUUAUGCAGCGGCUACGCUCUACAAGAACUCCUCACCAAUGGGAAUAACUUCACUGGACCAUUGCCCGACUGCUUGAGGAAUUGUUCGGGGCUAACGAGAGUCCGUCUAGACGACAAUCAGUUCACUGCAGAUAUCACGAGUGCUUUCGGUGUUUAUCCGAAUCUUGUCUUUAUAAGCCUCAGCAACAACCGAUUUGUCGGGAAUCUCUCGACAGAAUGGGGAGAGUGUACGAAUCUCACCAAUUUGCAGAUAGAUGGUAACAAAAUCACCGGCCGCAUCCCACCAGAGCUCGGGAGAUUCCAGUUGGGUGUCCUGACUUUGUACGGCAAUGAAUUGACCGGCAAAAUUCCCGAUGAGAUGGGAAAUCUAGGGGAGAUGCUCACGCUGAACUUGAGCAACAACCAUUUGACCGGAGAUAUUCCCACCUCGUUGGGAAACUUAUCGAAGCUAAGUAAACUUGAUUUGUCAGAGAACGCCUUGAGCGGUAGCAUACCGGACGAGCUAGGGAAUUGCAAGAAUUUACUGGGCUUGAACCUGAGCAACAACAAUCUGUCAGGUAACAUAUCACCAGAGCUCGGGAACUUGAUUUCGCUACAGAUUCUCCUAGAUCUGAGCCACAAUUCACUAGCAGGAUCAAUUCCUUCCAAUUUAGCAAAGCUUACUAGCUUGGAAUUUCUCAAUCUUUCGCAUAACAACUUGUCGGGUACAAUCCCAGCUGCUCUCACCAGCAUGAGCAGUUUAAGCUCCAUAGACUUAUCGUACAACGAGCUAACGGGUGCAGUUCCUAGUGGUAGCCUCUUCCAACAAGCGCCAGGGAAUGCUUUUAUCGGGAAUCCGGGCUUGUGUGGAAACGCGACGGGAUUAUCGCCUUGUCGUUCAAGCAGUAAAUCAACUGACCAUAGGAAAAAGGUUCUGAUUGGUGUGAUUGUUGGCAUCUGCUGCUUACUACUUCUCGUGACUCUUACUGCUCUGAUUUUGGUGCGUCGGCGGCGAAACAAGCAUCUCGAUGAAGAGAUCGAGAGUCUUACGAAGUACAAGAAAUCAGAGACGAUCAUAUGGGAAAUGGGAGCGAAGUUCACAUUCAACGACAUCGCCAAGGCCACCGAUGACUUCAGCGAAGAAUACUACAUCGGAAAAGGCGGGUUCGGGAGUGUUUACAAGGCCGAACUGGCCGGCGGCCAAACCGUGGCUGUCAAAAAGCUUAACGCAUUGGAAUCGGGCGACGUCCCCAUGGUCAACCUCCAGAGUUUCGAGAACGAGAUCCGUGUGCUGACCGAAGUCCGACACCGUAAUGUGAUCAAGCUCCACGGGUUCUGUUCCAGGAGAGGUAGCAUUUACUUGGUCUAUGAGUAUGUGGAGCGAGGCAGCUUGGCAAAGGUCUUGUAUGGAGAUAAAGGAGCAUCUGAACUGGACUGGAGUACGAGGGUGAAGAUUGUCCGAGGCGUGGCUCACGCGAUCGCCUACCUGCAUCACGAUUGCUCGCCACCUAUCGUCCAUCGGGACAUAACCUUGAACAACAUCUUGCUCGAGGACUUCGAGCCUCGGCUUUCAGAUUUCGGGACGGCCAGACUCUUGAAUCCGAACUCAUCCAAUUGGACCACAGUGGCUGGAUCUUAUGGCUACAUGGCUCCUGAAUUAGCAGUAACUAUGCGGUUGACGGACAAAUGCGACGUGUAUAGCUUCGGAGUAGUGGCGCUAGAGAUUAUGAUGGGGAAGCAUCCGGGGGAUCUUCUCUCCUCCCUACAGACGACACAAACGUCGACAUUAUCGGAAGACCCGAGUUUGCUACUAAAGGAUGCACUCGACCCCCGCCUUCCUCCUCCGGCCUGCCAACUAGCCGAGGAAGUGGUAUCCAUCGUCACGGUGGCGCUGGCGUGCACCCGGACGAGUCCCAAUUCGCGACCCACCAUGCGUUUCGUCGCGCAAGAGUUAUCCGCGCGCACUCAGCCUUGCUUGUCCGAGCCCUUGGGCUCCAUAACCAUCAGCAAGCUAUCGAGUCUUCAGAAAUAAAAGUUCAAGGAUAGCGUAAAUCAAAUUAUGUCCUUUCGUCUUUUUUUAUUCAUCUUCUUUUUUUUUCUUUUGUUUGACUUAGCUUGUAAUGAAUGAGGAAUAGUGGGUGGGUGCGUACGAUGGUGUAAAUGCAAAAUGACAAUUUCGAGAAACUCUAUUGUAUAGGUACGUGGAAGCUUCGGCCGCAAAUUUUGAAGCUGAUAGCAUGGGCGGCAGCAAGUUGCUUGCUGCUGACCUGCAAAAUUUAUUU